AACGUACGCGACUACAAUCGAACGUGAACCUCUUCGUAGUGCGUACAAUGGCCGAAGCUUAAAGUUGUAUUAGUGUAGCUCGGUGUUCAACGACAGCGUUGAAAAAAUGUAAAAGCUUAUAAUUGUACCGUUACGGGUUGUGCGCAAGUAUUCUAUAGAUCUUCGGGCGCUGCGGUAUGCAACCCGCAGUGUACACUUGAAAGUUAAAACCAAUGUUGGAUUUUACGUGGAAGUAAACAUCAUCAUGUCGUCGGACGGGACGCCGUGCGUUUCCGGAGAGGAUAUCCGGUGGCGGUCGGCAGGCCUUUGCAGUCGUCAUCGUUCCAUGUCGUCGUGUCGCCGUGGACCGUCGUAGUAGUCUGUAUACUAUAAUAUAAUAGACACAAGCCUUUGAACACCCGUGUCCGUGCCGCAGCCGUUUUGAGCAGGGACGAUGGGCAACCUGCAGAGCAGCUCGACGACGCCGUCGUCUCGUGCCGGGCCGAAAGGCCGGAACAAAAGGCCAUCGGGCACCGGGACCCGCGAUUGGCUGUUGGGGGGCGCGACGAGGGUGCUACGGAAACCAGUUGCACCGGCGCCGGCGGCGGCAGAGGUGGAGGCGGCGGCGGCAACGGCGGAUCACGUGACCGUGACCAGUCGUGACCUCCGCCGGCAGCGGACUCCCCCGGCCCGCGACGACGAUACCGAUCAUCAUGCAGAUGAGCAGCAACAACAACACCGGCAGGAGCACCACUGCAGCAACAGCCGCCGCCGCCACCGCAACGACCGCGACGAGUCCGCCCGCAGUUCCUCGGAAGAGGAGGACUCCUCAGUAUUCGCCGACACGCUGACCAGCCCGCAGAGCGUGUACUCGGACGCCAGAGACGAACCGGACGACAUCAUGGUGGUGAACGGCGGCGAAACGUUCGGCGGCGGUACCGGGCGCACGGCCGCCGCCGCCCACCAGGCUUUCACGAUCGUCAAGCACCGCAAAGUCGAACUGAACCCGGCCAAGUUACAAUCGGCAGUCGCCAACGGUCAGGUGCAGGCUGUGGACUCGGCGGCGGUCAGACGCAACAACGCCUCGCAACUGAGCGACGGUCCCAAGGACGGGAGCGUUCUCAGGAGGGUCGCCAAGGUCACGCUGGACCAGGCCACCAAAGACCAAAAACCAGUGAGACCGAAACAUGUGCCGGAAAAGUUGGACUUCAGGAACCGUGAAAAGUUUGAAGGCCAAGUGCUGAUAAACUGGCUUGUUUCGUCGUUCAGUACGGAGGAACGCCGAAGGGAUGCCCGGUUACUGUUGCCUCAAAUCUGCACGGAUCUGGUGACCGCGGGUGUCAUCAAACAGAUACAAGACAAGGAUGCUACGGUAGCCGGUGACCUGUUUAGAUCGGAUCUCAUGUACUACUGGGCUCGUUCUGAAUUGGUUAACACCCCAUCGUCGUCUCCGGGGCGUAUUGGACAACCGGCAUGGUUAACGGAUAAAAAUUUAGGUGGUGUUGAAAACUGUAAAGAUGGAUCAGCGUUACAAGCGUAUUCGAAUUCAGAAGAACUACAAGAAAUACAAAAUAAAACAGUUUCAAAACAGUCGCCAUUUAAAAACGGCAUAGAAGCAAUGCACAAAGAUGGCAUACAAGAUUUGGAAAAUAUAUCUGAUUAUACGCCUACUAAAAGUCCUAAACCAACUAGUUUACCAAUAAGACGCAAGAAAUCGUUAACUUCGUUAUCUGAUAAAUUGUCAACUCUAUCAAUAGACCAGUCAAAUAUUCCUGUCAAACAGACAAAUGGAAAUACAACCGAUGAAACAGUCAUAAAAAAAGUUAAUGGUAUCCAAUCACCAACUAAAAGGACAUCGAUUUCAUCAACGCCUAACCAAAUUACCAAAGAUACUCCAUCUUCAUUACCGAGUUCUAAUGGUGGCGAUUCCUCUGUGUUUUAUACUCCGGUCGGCGUUAAUGAUCCAACGUACAAUGGUUUGUCUCCAAUAACAACGCCGAAAAGUUCCUCCCUUAAUAAGAUCGUCUUCGGUGGUCUAACACCAAUUUUUGAUCCAAUAAGUGAAAAUAGUACGAUUGUUCAAAAUAAUGAUUCACUUUUAAGUUCGCCAGAAGUCGCCAUAGAAGCUAUUAAAUGUGAUUUUUCAACAAGUUCACCGACUUUGAAGAAUGAAAGCGAUACAAUUGACGAGAAACAAAUAUCGCCAGAUGCCGCUUUAUCGUCACACGUCAAAAGCGACAGUCAAGUUACAUCGACAAUAAAUUCUCCUAAAGAUAAUGUUAAAACUGCACUAUCUUCACCGCGUUCUGAAAGUCCUGUUUCCUCUGUAACAUUCCACCCAAUUCCAGAAAUCAGUACUUCACUUCCUCCUCCACCACCACCUCCACCACCACCACCACCUCCACCACCACCACCACCUCCACCACCACCACCACCUUUUUCUCAACCCGAACUUACUGGAAGUCUAAUCCCACCACCACCUCCGUUACCACAACUCCCUAAGAGUACUAUUCCACCUCCACCUCCCCCUCCUCUUCCAACUUCUACAAGUUGUAUACCUCCUCCGCCUUCACCUAUAUUAUGCAGCACGCCAAGUGCUAUUCCACCUACACCAACACCAUUAUUAAACAAAUCAGUUUCUGGAUUCAAUGGUCCUCCACCACCUCCACCACCAAUGACUGGUCCAACGCCAUUUCCUGCACCACCUAUUGGUGGUUGGAAUGUUCAACGCGAUCUAUUACGUAAAAAACCAAUAACUCCACCGGUACCUAUGAGACCUUUAUAUUGGACAAGAGUUAUUUUGAAAGAACCUAUUGUUGAAACAUAUACACCAACAACUCCAGAUUCACCAGACAGUUUAAAACCACUGUGGAGUGAUCUAGAAGAAGCUCCAAUACCGAAUAUAAACGAGUUUUCGCAGCUUUUCUCUCGACAAGCGGUAGAACCAAAAUUAGCAAAAAAAAAGGUGCAACUAAAAAAAAAGACAGAGGAGUUUAAACAAUUGUUGGACACGAAGAGAUCGCGAAACGUUGGCAUAUUAGCACAGAGUUUGCAUUUGGAUUUUUCUGAAAUCGAAAAUGCUCUUUAUAAUUUCGAUACGUCUGUAGUAAGUGUUGAAGUACUUCAACAAAUCUAUGAAGUGUCGGCGACAGAAGAAGAAUUGGGAUUAAUUAAAGGUCAUGUGGCAUCUCAUCCGGAUCAGCCACUUGACAAACCAGAACAGUUCCUGUUAGAACUCAGUGAAAUACCACAUUUUGGUGAACGCGUCGCGUGCUUAAUAUUUCAAUCCGAUUUCAAUGACGCCUUGAACAACAUAGCAAGCAAAUUGAAUAACAUGAAAGCCACUUCUGGGUUUCUAAUGACUUCUGAGGGUUUAAAAAAAGUGUUGGCCAUCAUCUUAGCAUUGGGAAAUUACAUGAAUGGAGGUAAUCGGCAACGUGGUCAAGCAGACGGAUUUGGUUUGGAAAUCUUACCUAAACUUCGAGAUGUCAAAAGCAAAGAUAACUCAAUGACUCUGUUACAUUUUAUUGUACAAACAUACAUAAAUGAAUGCAAAGAACCAAUGAAAGAAUCAUUACCUGUGCCAGAGCCCAGUGAUGUAGAUCGAGCAGCUCACGUAACUUUUGAUGACUUGCAACAAGGUCUUAAAGAAUUAAAAAUAAAACUAGCUGGUUGCAAGAAAAAAGCUGACAAAGUAAUAUUGUCGUCUGCUUAUGAUAGCUUAGAACCAUUUAAAACAAAAAUGGAAUCAUUUAUUUCUAUGGCGCACAGACAAUUAGAAAAUGAACAUGAGAACUUGGAAGAAAGUAAAAAACUGUUUGUUAAGCUAAUGCGAUUUUAUCAGUUCCAACCGAAGACCAGUAAAAGUCUCUUAGAUGUUGCACCAAAAGAUUUUUUCCCAUUAUGGUUACCAUUCUGUACAGAUUUCAAAGAUUUUUGGAAUAUGGAACAACAACGAAUUGUUAAAGAAAAGCUUUUAGAAAGUAAGAGAAGAACGAAAGAAAGACAACAACUAGUUAGGACAAAUAAGAAAUCACUUGAAGGACUGAAAAAUCAAAUUCAAUCAAAAUUUAAAUGAUUUCCUUAACGUCAAUUUCAGAAAUGAAAAAUUAUUUUUUAAUCAAAUUCAAGACUGAAAGAACAUGUGUUGUUAAUUAUCUACUCUUCUGCAUAGUUUAAAAUGCAUGUUAAGAUAAAAAUGUGUAUGCGCAAUCGCUUAAAAAAAUCUUGAAUGUGUUUAUAUUUCUUUUUUUCUCACGAGUCUAAAUGUUAAUUGUAAGUUUACUGUUUAAAGUUGAGAGUAUACAUGUUAUUCAUACUAACCACUAAAAUAUUUAUAUUCAUACAUACAUUUUAUCUAAAAUAUUAUUUUUUUAACUGUUGGAUUUAUUGUAAAGACUGACUAGAAAUUAUAAGUAAAAUCUUUAUACUAUUCAUUAGUUGGAUAUAUAAAAUAUAUUAAUUAUUAUAUUGUGUCCUUGUACACUUCACUAUACACUAUUACACUAAUGUAUUAUUAUAUAAAUAAUAUGAUUUGUAAAAAUAAUAA